AUGAAGAAGCCAAAGCAAGAAGAGAUAAAGGAAGAGGCAGGGGCAUCUAAAUCAGGCAAGCUCAGAUCCCAGGAAUACAGGAAUAGAAAGAAACAAUAUAUUGUUAAGUUAGAGGACCUUAAUAAGACACUUAGGGAUGAAAAUUUGUUACUUAAAUAA